AUCAACAUCACCGCCCACGACAUCGAAUCAUCGUCCUCGCAACCGCUGGCGACCCUCUUCAUCGGCGCUUGCUCGACGACCCUCGCCAUCACAAGAACUGAGACCCGCCCGACGGCACGGCUGCUUGACGCUCGAAGCGCUGCAGAAUCCACCCGACGACGGUAAGACAGGCGAGACAUUGCGGCGAGUGGGCCACAGAGACAAUCAGAAAGACGUUGGAAUCUAGCUGAGACUAAACUGUCUGAAACGGACUCUUUUCUUGUUCUACUGUUGCAUACUGUUGCGGUGCGCUCGAGGUCGCUUUGCGCCCGUGCAGCUUUCCGCCGUACUUGAAAAAAAGACAGCCAGUCACCUGGAUUUCCUGUCACAGGCAGUUGCUAUUCAAUACAAAUCCACCUUUCAGGUCGUGCAUCUCUGAGCUAGUUGGCGCAGCCUUCUGUUCACCUGUACACCACUCUCCCUUCAGUCUCUGCUGAACCGUGUAUAUUGCGCGAGCGCAAGGAUCUUCUCAUCUUACACCAAUUCGACAGCACAACUGUGUCUACUCUGGUCUGCAUCCUCUGGUACACCAACCCUCACAAAUAAAUCACCAGCAUGUCUUCUUCCAUCUUCUUCAAGUUUCGAAACCAGAAGGACACUACGCCAAUCGCUUUCGAUGGCAGCAGUCUCUCUGUGUUUGAAGUGAAGCGCGAGAUCAUGAGGAUUGCCCGACUUGGUGAUGGCAAAGACUUUGAUUUGGAAAUUUCCACUUCAGAUACCAACGAGCGAUACGAUGAUGACACCACCCAAAUACCACGAUCAACCACUGUAGAAGCAAGACGCAUGCCAGCAAGCAAGCAUGGUGCUGGUCGGGCAGCCCGUUACAUCACGGGCUCAAUGCCGCUACAUGCUAAAAACUCACACCGUACCGAGUCGAACAUGAGAGGGGGCGCGGGCAAGAACACAUCUGCGGCAAAUGGCGUGGGAGAUAUGAGUGCAAUGACAGAGGAGGAGAAAUUGGCUGCUGUAAUGAAUGCUAGCAAUACCCAGUUCCAAGCGGACCUUCAGUCGUCUGCGAGUAUGCCAUCGAAGCGCAAUACCUUCAAGUCGAAUGUUGCUGUGCCCGACAAGCCACUGCCCCCUGGCUAUGUCUGCUACCGCUGUCGCAAGAAGGGCCAUUGGAUCCAGGCAUGCCCAACUAACAAUGAUCCUACUUUCGACGGCAAGAAGCCAAAGCGUACCACAGGUAUCCCGCGUUCUAUGCUUGAAAAGGUUGAAGAGCCAGAUACGGAUAAGGAGCUACCACAGGGUGUCUUUAUGAACCAAGAUGGUGACUACGUGCGUGUCAAGACUGAUGAUGCUACUUGGCAAAAGAUUCAGGAGCAGCGGAAGGCUGCCGAAGAAAAUGCCAAGGAAGCAGACGCCGUUGACCAAGAGCUCGUCGAUCGUGGUCUUGUUUGUACUCUCGACGAGCGCCCCUUUGCUGUUCCCGUCAAGACACCAUGCUGCGGUACAACGUACUGCAACGACUGUAUCGAGAAUGCACUGAUCGACAACGAUCUGCUGUGCCCGAACUGUGGUGAACAAGCAUUACUCGACGACCUCAAGCCAGACGAAGAAGCUCUUGACAAGCUUGCGGCGUACGAUGCUGAGAAGAAGGCCAGCAGACUUCAGAAGGAAAAAGAAGCAUCCAAAAGCCCAAAAGUCCAGGAUGUGUCCGAGGGAAUGAAAUCACCUGGUUCAACUCCCAACUCCAAGAAGCGCAAGGCAGAUGAUGAUCUCGAGAGUAAGCGUCGCCCAAGCAAUCCCGCCGAAAUGAAGAGAAGCAGGUCCACGCAAGGGACGCCGGCUCCAGGCACACAGCUUGCGACAUCACAGUCUCAGCCUCAGCCUCCAAAAGCACCGAAGAGCAUGAGUGCCAACACCACUGUCACCGACUUCGCCGCACAGAUGAAUGCCAUGACUUAUAGCAUGAGUGGUGUCCAGAACGGCAUGAAUGCAUUCACCAAUCCGAUGAUGAAUCCAAUGAUGGGCAUGGGCAUGUCACCGAUGAUGCCAGUGAUGCCAAACAUGAUGGGAAACUUCAACCCAAUGAUGGGUAUGGGCAUGAACGGCAUGAAUGGCAUGGGUAUGGGAAUGGGCUAUGGUAAUGGUAUGGGUGGCAUGGGCGGAAUGAAUGGCAUGAAUGGCAUGGGAAACUUCGGCAAUAGCAACAUGAAUGGCAACAACCAGCAGCCGUGGAUGAAUGGCCCGAGAGUACCCACUGGACCCGCUGCUGAUAAUGGAGGUGCCUACAUACGUCAACCGGUCAACCCCCACCGUCACCAAAACAGGUCGCGACGACAGAGAAGCGUGGAUUACAAGCAAAUGUAGAUUCGACAGUCUGGUAACCACCACUUCGGUAGCGGUACGUGGACACGGCUUGUAACCACUGUGGCCGACAGUGAACCACGGCUAAGAAUCAAGUUACUGGUGAUCGGGAAAGAAUUGCGAAUGGGAGGCGAAUUACGAAGCAGUAGCCAGCAGCAAAUGCUAGCUGCAAGGAGGACUUCGUUACGACAUGACAUGGGUUUUUGAUUGCGAUUUGAGCGAUGGCGUUGGGUGGAAUCAUUAUGGAGGAGCCCAGACAGGGACAGACCAGACGAUUGAGACUUUUGUCUUUUGCAUAACCGAUAGCAUAAACAUGGGAUGGAGCGCGGGAUGGGCCCGCGACACGGCACUUUUUUUCUACUACUGCACUGCUCAAUGGGGGCAUAUGGCUGGCUGCCUGGAAGGAGGCUUAGGGAGAGAGGACAGCUUGGGGCUCUCCCUAACUUACCUAACUUACGUACAUGUUGCUGAAUAGAGAAAU